AUGAAAAGCCAGAAAGAUGAAAACCAGAAAGAUGAAAGCCAGAAAGAUGAAAGCCAGAAAGAUAAAAACCAGAAAGAUGAAAGCCAGAAAGAUAAAAACCAGAAAGAUGAAAGCCAGAAAGAGGAAAGCCAGAAAGAUGAAAACCAGAAAGAUGAAAGCCAGAAAGAUGAAAGCCAGAAAGAUAAAAACCAGAAAGAUGAAAGCCAGAAAGAUAAAAACCAGAAAGAUGAAAGGCAGAAAGAUAAAAACCAGAAAGAUGAAAGCCAGAAAGAUAAAAACCAGAAAGAUGAAAGCCAGAAAGAUAAAAACCAGAAAGAUGAAAGCCAGAAAGAUGAAAACCAGAAAGAUGAAAGCAAGAAAGAUGAAAACCAGAAAGAUGAAAGCCAGAAAAAUGAAAACCUGAAAGAUGAAAGCCAGAAAGAUGAAAACAAGAAAGAUGAAAGCCAGAAAGAUGAAAACCAGAAAGAAUGA